AUGUUUUACGUGCCAGUGUUGCGAGUCGACCGGAAUCAUUGCCUUGCGGGGAUGAAGAAGACGAGAGUGGCGGAUGUGUUUAUAUAUCUGGUGUGCUCGGGACGCGAAAAGCUGCUACAGUACAUGCCCUUGUCUGAAACUAGUCCGCUCACUUAUGGUGAGAUCAAUGUCCUACAUCCCUAUCCCGGAACCAUUAACGGCCUCGCUCCUCUAAGAGGCCAUCUAAGCUCGAAAGAGGCGCUCAAAAAUCUCACCAGGCGGGAGAAGCGGUCCUGGGGGUCACGCAUAGACCAGCAUGUACGGUCAUCUGACAUUAUCUUCCUGCAUCCCGCACCUGUGAGGGGUAAGACAUGCUCAUACUUUGAGGUGCCAAAUUGUCGCCUACACGGAGACCACUUCUCCACCGCCCGUACGGCUUUGCGCCCUCCGCUUCAUUCAACCGCACUGCUGUGUGAUACGGUUUACCUUUUUGCUGAACAACGCUCCUCAGCUCAGAAAGAUCUCGAGUUCCUGACUGGGCACGUCGCGCGAAGCUCUCAAAGCAGAUGCGCCGCAAGUCAUUGUGACGGACAGUCUAAAGAUUGGAGCUUGGCGAGACGCGCUCUUUAUAUUUGUAGACGGACCGUUCACCUUGUUAUGCGUCUGAAGCGCGUACCCAAACCUGGUGAUGUCACUGCCGAGCUUUCAUGGACGCCUUAUGUUGGCUUCUCUUCUCAAGUGUGUGAAGAGAGAGUAAUGAAUAUCCGGAACGGAAGCCCACCCCGAAGAACUUGGAUGUGGUUUUCACUCGCUGCUUGCCUCGAGAACUUUGUUGAUCGAAGAAGGAGAGCGGCAACGAGGAACCUGAUCGAUGAGAAGAAAAUUGUAUUGAAUUUGGAACAGACUGAGGUAGAACGGGGAUGUCGGGUGAAGUCGGAGGACAGAGGUGGAAGAACGCUGCGCGGCAUUGACCUCGUAUCUCCUUUCUUAUACCAGUCAGCGGGCUGGUCUGGAGAUAUGCCUCGAGGUUCUGUGGAUGAUCGUGCUCUCGACAAGGAUGACUGGCCCCCGGAGGUCUUGUAUAUGCAGUGGGAAGGCGACACUAUGUCCGGUGGCGUUCGGCAAGUCUAUUGUCACCACGAUGUGUUUUUUCUGCGGCAGACAUGUUUCCCACUUCAUCGGUGGCGGACCCAGUGGACAAAAUACCUCUGGUUUGUUUUCAUCGCCCCCAACAUGACCUCCCAUAAAGCCACAUCGAGCGCUCUAAGCAACGCCCAAACAUAUCACCAGCAUACUUGGGCAUUAGAUCCUGUUCAGAGUUCUCAACAACAACCCGCUGCUCAGAGUUCUCAACAACAACCCGCUGCUCAGAGUUCUCAACAGCAACCCGCUGUGCAGAACAAUGACAAACUAGACUAUUGGCAGCAACAUCAACCUUCCGGCAAUGAGAGCUCGACGCCGUCCAUUCCUCAACAAACUCCGGCGAACUCAUACGUACCUGCCCCAGUCUACAAUAGCGCUGCUUCACCCGAGCCAAACGUACAGCGACAGGGUUGGGCUGAUACUGCUCAGAUCUGUCAACUCGGCCCCGCGUAUCACCCCGGAUAUAACCCGCAGGUUCCUCCUUCGAACCCGCCAAACCGUCAUGGCCAUCUUGCCAGAGCGAACAGCGACGGCAGCCGGUCAGCGACAGAGGGCACAGAUCAGAGGUAUCCCGGAUAUGGCGAUCCGAGGUGGAAUCCGAACACUUCGUCUCAGUGGCAAGCUCAGCAACCCGUCUAUAAUCAGACUCCUGAUGCUCGCUCUUCGGCUCGUCGUCCAGGCCACUCAGACCCCGCCGUUCCUCCGGUAAUUCGCAGCUCCUCGGACAAUUAUGGCCCUGUGGCGGGCGAGAAGUGUAGGCUCCUCUCCUGCACUCAAUUGGUCUACUAUCAGGAAGCAGAAUACUGCUGCGACAACCACGCACGCGAGGACCUUCAUAAUCGUCGCGUGAGUCCUUGUAUCCAGUGUGAUCGCAGGCCGCAGCGCCGAAGCAGUCCAUAUUGCGGCCAUGCGUGCGAGACCAUGGCUGCACGGUCUCAGCAGAAUUAUCGGAGCUCACACUCGGGGUAUCAGUGAAAGAUGUCGUAUGUUAAUAUAACUUCUCGCUGCUUCGUCUUUCUUCUUCGACUAUGCCGUGUUCCUUUCACUUCCAUCGUGGAACUCAAAUCCACAGUUGUAUCAUUACAUACCAGACACGCAUUUUCUGUCUACAGUAUGCAUCUCUUCAAUACUUAGAUGUUCCGUCCAAAGGAGGAAGUCGCGCAGUGUAAACUUUCAUUUCUCUUUCAU